GGCGCCUUGGACUCUGUGCUGGCCGCCGCUCGAUGGUUUUCCGGCCAUGAGCCCCCCGGCGCCGGGAGCGGGGCCGGGAUCGGGACCCGGGCCGGGGCAGGCGGACGGCAGGCACUGAGCCAUGUCGCGGGCGGCGGGCGGCGAGUGCCGCAAGGAAGCGGCGGCCUGGGAGGGAGAGGACGGGCAGUGCGACUCGGGCAUCGAGUCGCUGCGCUCGCUGCCGGGCGGCAAGGAGACCCCGCCGCCGCCGCCCGCAGAGGUCCCUCCCGCCGCCCCCGAGACCCUCGACGAGACCACCGCCGCCGCCGAGGAGCGGCUGGACUCCAGCUACGGCUCCGGCGCCCUUCCUGAGGCUCUGCCGGAGCUGCCGGGCGUUCCGGGGAGCCGUCCCGAGGAGCCGUCGCCGCCGGCCGAGGGGCUCAGCCGGCAGCAGCUGGAGGCUCUCACCUACCUUUCGGAGGACGGAGACACGUUGGUUCAUCUGGCCAUUAUCCACUGUGUCCCAGCUGUAGCACUCUGCUGCAUCGCUCAGCUACCCAGGGAGGUGCUGGAGAUACAAAAUGAUCUUUUCCAGACCCCACUCCAUCUCGCCGUGUACCUGGAGCAACCCCAUGUGAUCCAGGCACUGAUCCACAAGGGAGUGAACCCCGGGCUGCAGGACCGCAAUGGGAACACCCCGCUGCACCUGGCCUGUGAGCAGCAGCACCUGCAGUGUGCCCAGCAGCUGCUGGAGAGCACAGCCCCACCACAGGGCACAGCUCAGCCCCACAGGCACCACCAGGACCUGCAGCUCCAGAACUGGCAAGGCUUGGCCUGUUUGCACAUCAGCACCUUGAAGGGGAACAUUCCGAUGAUGUCUCUGCUGCUGGAGAGCGGUGCCAACAUCGAUGUUCGGGAGGGCACGAGUGGGAAGACCCCCUUGCACCUGGCCGUGGAGUGCCACAACCGCAAGGCUGUCCAGUUCCUGCUGCGCAACGGGGCGUAUGUGGAUGCCCAGAUGUACAACGGCUGCACCCCGCUCCACCUGGCCGUGGGCCGCAAGGAUGCUGCCAUUGCUGCCAUCCUCUCACACUCUGGGGCUGACACCCUGCUGAGGAACAUGGAGAAUGAGACAGCCCAGGACCUGGCUGAUGGCAACGAUGACCUCCUCGCCUUGCUGCCCUUCGAUGACCUGAAGAUCUCAGGGAAGCCUGUUGUGUGCUCUGAAUGAGCAGCUGGACUCCUUUGGCCCGUUGGGCUGCCUCCUUGCUCCGUGCUGCUGCCCUGCUGUCUGCUGGAACCUUGCCUGCCUGCAGUUCCGCAGGAGCAGAGUCACUCUGGGAGACUUAUCCCGCUGCUCCUCUGCUCUUUGGAAAAGUUUUGUUGGCCUUCCCAGACCGAAGAAAGUGGCAUUAUGAGCACUACACAGGGGAGGCUUUUCUUUUAGUAUCUGUACACUGCAGCAGGACUGAAUUUCCCCUCCUGGCCAUGGGUCUGACUUGUGGGGGUCUGCAGCAUAUACAGGGAAGGAGCAGGAGAGGACUCGUUUUCACACUGUUCGGCGGACAGAACAUCCUCUGGCACCCCCAAAUGCCAUCAGAAUAAGCGUGGGGUGAGGAGAGUCUACACUCACUCUAAUAAAUGUUUGUUGUUGCUGUGGGCAGCAGAGGUCUCAUGUGAUCUAACCCAUCCUGCACCCCCACAGCAUCAGGAGGCUGAGCAUUACGCCGGGGGCCACAGACAUGAGGGCUGCAGGGGUUUCCCCAGUCUGCCCACUCCCUCGGGUCCUUUGCACCACAGAAGGUGAGUAGGAGCACAGGGGCUUCCCCACUUGCAGAGCCUUUCUAGUGCUCAGGGCCAAGACUGGGGGAUCCCAGCCUCGUGCUCUAAUCCCAUGCUGGGCUGCUGGGCUGAAGAAAGAGUGUAGGAGAUGCCGGAAGACCAGGUUAUGGAUCCCUGCUUCUGCCGCUGUGCCUGACAUCUUGCUGCUUUACCAUGCUGUGGUUUCCUCUCGCAAAGAGGACAAAAGAUCCUGCCCAAUCUCCUGGCUUGAAAGGUGUUAAAAACUUUUGGCAUGGGUCUUCCCUGGGUUUUAGAUUCCCCCAGGCUGAAAGCAGUAUUAUCUUCAUGCAACAUCCUUUCUGUUGUUCAGCUCACCAUCCUUCCUUGUCCCCUCUCCAGCCAGAGGAGCAUGUGCGAUGCACAUAGGAGGCGUGGAGCCUGACUGACCCCACCUCAGCCAGGGAAAUUCCCCGCUUGUUGCCUGGGAGCAGCUGCUGUUGUUUUGGACAAAUCCUGGAUGGCGCAAUUGCCCAGGAUGCUCUGGUGUGAGCCUUUGUCUUCUUCCUCCCUUGUGAGGGAAUGCUGCCAGGAAAGCAGCACAGGCACUCCCCAGGCUUCUCUGGAGCUUGCCUGGUCUCUUCAGCAGACCUGGGCUGGAUUGCAUUUGUUUUGAAUCUUUGCCUCUCACCUUCUUGCAGCAAGGCUUCAACCCUGCUGUAAACCCGUGCAGCUGCUUCACAGGGGACGUGAGGCACUCCUGGGUCGCCCAAAGCAGGAAUGACAGGUGCUGCAGGGCAGAGUGGGAUAGUGGGGCCAGGGCUACAGGUGGGAGCGAAGGAAAAAGGCAGAAACAAAUGAUCUGCACCUUUUGUUAUUAUAAAAUAAAACCAUUUGUUUUAAAAAGA